CUGUGGUCACACUGAUUGACACUCCAACGUUUUCCAACUUCGACCAUAUCGCCAUCGUCGGAGCUUCCAAGACGAAAACCCUCUAUCACCAACAUCUUAUAAAGCGACGCCAACCUUCUUCCUUCAAUUUCAUUUGUGGCGACCCCUACAAUAGCUUCGCUUCGAUAUUCUCUCUCUUCACUUUCCGUAUUCCCAUCACUCAUGGCUGCUUCUGCUUCUUUCGCCGGAUCGGCUGUCGCCGCUUUCAAAUCCACCGGAAUCUCAGACAAGUCUGGCCAUGGGAGAGUUUCUCUUUUCCUCAAGAAUGCUUCGUCAGUUCAGCUCCAGCGGGGCUUCAACUAUUCGCAUUGCCGAUCUAAGAUGUCGUUCGCUUCAUCCGGUGUAAAGGCUCAGGUGGCUACCAUUGAACAAGCAAGUGUUGACGCAACACCAAAGGUGGAAGCUCCUGUUGUUAUUGUGACUGGAGCCUCUAGAGGUAUUGGCAAGGCAGUUGCACUGGCUUUAGGCAAAGCUGGUUGUAAGGUUUUGGUUAAUUAUGCAAGGUCUUCUAAGGAGGCAGAAGAAGUUUGUAAGGAGAUUGAGUCGGUGGGUGGUGAAGCACUUACAUUUGGGGGAGAUGUCUCAAAAGAAGCAGAUGUAGCAUCCAUGAUCAAAACUGCAGUUGAUGCAUGGGGGACUGUGGAUGUAUUGGUCAACAAUGCAGGAAUCACAAGAGAUGGUUUGUUGAUGAGGAUGAAGACAUCUCAAUGGCAGGAAGUUAUUGAUUUGAAUCUCACUGGUGUAUUCCUAUGUACACAGGCAGCUGCCAAAAUUAUGAUGAAGAAGAAAAAGGGAAGAAUAAUCAAUAUAGCAUCUGUUGUUGGUUUGGUUGGCAAUGUUGGACAAGCCAACUACAGUGCUGCAAAAGCUGGAGUAAUUGGUUUUACUAAAACUGUGGCAAAGGAAUACUCAAGCAGAAACAUAAAUGUGAAUGCUAUUGCUCCUGGAUUUAUUGCAUCAGAUAUGACUGCUAAGCUUGGGGAAGACAUUGAGAAAAAGAUCUUGGAGACGAUCCCCUUGGGAAGGUAUGGGAAACCCGAAGAAGUUGCUGGGCUUGUAGAAUUUUUGGCUCUUAAUCCUGCAGCUGCUUACAUGACUGGACAGGUGCUUACCAUUGAUGGAGGAAUGGUGAUGUGAGAGCUGCACCAAAAGCUUAUGGAGGCAUAUAUAUUUUGCCUUGACUUGAGAUAGCUACAAAAUAAUUAGUUGCCCAACCCCAAGAUAAUAGUAUUUGUAGAGUUGUCAAAAAAUUUCAAUUAAACAAAAACACACAAGAGGUUUGUAUUUUUCUAAUUGUAUUCGAGGUGAUGCAUUUUGAGUC